AAACCAUUAUCAAGAUCAAGAAUACUGAAUUUGUGGAUUACCUACCAUAGCAACAUACCAUCCCCACCUUCCAUGGAAAACACUCAAGGAAGGGAAAGCAAUCCAAUCAUCAGAGACAAAGAAGAAGAAGAAGAUGGCCAUGACAAUCCACUAGCAUUGCUUCCCAAAGAGAAGGGAUGGAUAGGUCUGGAUCUCUAUCUCUACCAAGGCUUUUGGUGCCCCUCAAUGGAAAUUCAGCGAGUAAUGUCUUUCCAACAACACUUCAAAGCUCAGGACACCGACCUCAUACUCGCCACCAUGCCCAAAUCAGGCACCACCUGGUUGAAGGCCUUGACAUUCGCUAUCGCCAACCGUCAUCGCUACACCAACACGCUUUCCCAACACCCCCUUCUCACUUCUAACCCUCACAACCUCAUCCCUCUUCAAGAGAUCAGUCUCUCCGCUAAUAAAGACAGCCAUCAAGGCGGUCGUAUUCUAAACCUCUCCAACUUUCAAUCUAGCAUUUUCUCCACCCAUAUGCCAUACCAUUCAUUACCUAACUCAAUCAAGAUCUCCAAUUGUCACAUUGUUUAUCUCUGUCGUAAUCCCUACGACUCCUUUGUCUCCGGUGUCAUCGGUUUUGGGCCCUUCUGGGACAAUGUAUUGGGAUACUGGAAGGAGAGCCUGAAGAGGCCUCAAAAGGUGCUGUUUUUGAUGUACGAGGACUUGAAAGAAGAUAUUAUUUUUCAGAUGAAGAGGCUAGCAGAGUUUAUGAGCGUUCCGUUCUCUUUAGAGGAAGAGAGUGAAGGUGUGAUAGAAGAGAUAUCAAGGUUGUGCAACUUUAACAAUAUGAGAGAGUUGGAGGUGAACAAAACUGGUAAAUCCAUUAGACACUUUGAGAAUAAGACGUUCUUCAGGAGAGGUGAAGUGGGUGAUUGGAUCAAUCAUUUUACACCUGAGAUGGUGGAACGCUUGAACAAGGUCAUUGAAGAAAAGUUGGGUGGUUCUGGGUUAGCAUUCAAGACUAGUUUGUGAAAAUUUACUAUGCUUCUUCGUUGGACAAGAUUACCGAAACUAAUAAGUCUUGAAAUUCCAUCCUAUCUCAUGUUUGU